GUACGACUCGUACGAAUCCUACGACUCCAGGUCUUCCCUGAACGACCGCGACAUGUACCGCUCCGGCUACGACUACAACGAGUCGGAGCACGACAACGAGAACGCCUACGAGGGUCCCUACGACAGCUUCUACGGGAGCCGGCGGGAGCCAUUCCAGAACCGGGCGCGGGAUAACUUCGGCCAGCGCGGGCAGAACUGGGGGAGAGACGGACGCAAUCACAGACCCAUGGCGUCAUCCUACCCCGGGCGCGCGGGCGGACAGUGGAACGAGGCUCCGCAGUCGAUGGGAGCGCGGGGUCCCCACGGCUCCUCCAGGCUCCCUUCCCUCUUCUCCCACAACAUCAUCCCAGAACUCGGCAUGUUCCAGGGAAUGCGAGGCUUUUCGGGAAACAUGCGUUACGGAGGAGGAAUGAUGAAACAACGCAUGAGGAGAAACUGGAAAAUGUGGGACUCGGAUUUUAAACCCCAGAAAAAGAAAUUCAAGAAAGAUCCGGCCGCCAGGAAGCGGAAGCAGACGAACAGCUCCGACGAACCCGACAGCAAAGCAGCGAAGACGGACGGCUCCGAUAACUCCGACUCCGACAAUGAGGAGGGAACGGAAGGAGAAUCGGGAGAAAAAGAGGAGAAAGAGGGUUCCAGAGGCGAGGGGGAUGACGACGAAGGAAGAGAUUCGGAGAAAGGUGCGUUAACGAUCCAAGAAGAGAUCAGCCAAAUCAAACGCAAGCUGCAGGCGGGCAAGAAGACUCAAGAGAGGCAAAAGAAGAGGCAUCGGGAUCGCAUGGUGGAAAGGAUCCAGUUCGUCUGCUCGUUGUGCAAAUAUCGGACCUUCUACGACGACGAGAUGAACAGUCACCUGGAGAGCAAAUUCCACAAGGAACACUUCAAGUUUGUAGGAACCAAGUUGCCUCAACAAACAGCUGAUUUUCUCCAGGAAUACGUCGCUAAUAAAACGCGGAAAACCGAAGAGCGCCGUAAAGCGAUCGAGGACAUCAACGCGGUUAUUCAGCAGAUCUACAGGGACCAGGAUCUGACGCAAGAUGUCGGCAUGGAGCAUUUCAUCAAAAAGGUGGAAGCAGCUCACUGCGCCGCCUGCGACCUCUUCAUCCCGAUGCAGUACGGCAUCAUCCAGAAGCACCUGAAGUCGCUCGACCACAACCACAACCGCCGGAACCUCUCCCUCUCGCAGAAGCCGGGAGCGCGGUGUUGGUGGGAUCGAGGCACCUUCGGCGAAGCCGCGUGCCGGGUCGGAAACUGA